AUGGCAAGCAGCUCUGAAGCUCCAAAGCCGGAGGAGGAGACGCAAACCGACCAGGCGGAGGAGCCUAAAGGCGAGGACCCAAAGUCGGAUCCUCCACCCAAGGAUCGAACCUUCAGCCAGAGGGAGCUCUAUCAGGCAGGUCGGCGCAUCAACGAGGGCAGCAACAAGGUGAAGCAGGGCCUGGGUGCGACCUUGGCGUUGGGUGGCACGGGCAUUCUCGUGUGGCAUCACUGGGCAGCCCUUGCCACCUUCAACUGCCUCGGGGCUGGGCUUCUUGCCCUGGGGGCGGCCCUGGCCCGUGCAGGGGGCUCCGGUCGGGGCGAGAAGCCUGGCCAGGCGAAGUUCAAGCUGCGCCUCCUCAACAAUUCGGACCGCUGGAAGACUGAUGCCCAGGCUCUUGACACCUUGCUGGGCAUGGAUGCUUUCCAGCAGAAAGACCUGGCCAAGGCCGCUGCACAAGCUGAGAAGAAGGAACAGCAGCUGCUAAAGGAGGCGGUGAAGAAGCAGAGCGAGGAUGUGAAGGAAGCCUUGAAGGCGGGUGAGGAUGCAGCAGCCAUUCAGGCGCGUCUCCGACCUCGCACGUUUGUCUUCGAUUUCUCCUCUGGCAGCCUGGAUGCAGGAGUCCCCGGCAGCAAGAACAUGAAGAAGCGCUUGGAGGACUUCCAGGAUAUCGUCUCGUUUGUCUUGCACUGCGCGACCGAGCAUGAUGAGGCUGUGGUGCGCAUAACUUCGCCGGGUGGUGCCGUCAUCGACUAUGGCUUCGCCUCUGCGCAGCUCAUGCGGCUGCGUCAGCGCGGGCUGAAGCUCACUGCGUGUGUGGACAAGGUAGCUGCAUCAGGCGGGUACAUGAUGGCUUGCACGGCCGACACCAUCGUCGCCACACCUUUCUCGCUCGUGGGCUCUAUCGGUGUGCUGGCUGCCCUUCCCAACUUCAACAAAGUCUUGCGGAGGUACGAGGUGGAUUGGCUUCAAUUCACUGGUGGGCGCUACAAGCGAACCGUAGACCCUUUGUCAGAGCCGACAGAAGAGGGGAUCGAAAAGAUGAAGCAGGAGAUCAACACAAUCCACGAUGCCUUCAAAGGGAUGGUUCUACAGCAGCGGACGCAUCUGGAUAUGGACGAGGUCGCAACAGGAGAGGCCUUCCUUGGUGCCGAGGGGAAGGAGCGCGGCUUGGUCGAUCGACUUGCUACCAGUGAUGAGGUGCUGGAGGAGCGUAUGGAGGUGUCAGAUGUCAUCGAGGUGUCAUUCGCAGAGAAGAAGAGGGGGCUGCGCGAACUUCUGGAAGGAAAGAUGGAGGCAGCAGAAAGCCUUGUCACGGACUGCUGGGAGCGUGCGACCAGUUUGGGACGUCGGGGUGCGGUGGAGCUCAAAGACCCGCAGUUCUGA